GAAGGUCCAGUGAACAGUGAACGUUAUCUGUCAUGGGCAAACGUCUUCCUGGUGGUCUACAGCAUCGAUAACAUGGAGAGCUUUAAUGGCUGUCAGCUGUACCUGCAGACACUUGCCUCACACAACAAAACCUUCAGGCCACAAACUCCCAUCAUUCUUCUGGGCAACAAGAAGGACAUGGACAGAUACAGACAGGUGCGUCAGUCGGAUGGUGAGGCCUUGGCGUCUCAUUUUGGAUGUGUAUUCUUCGAGGUGUCCGCCUGUCAAGACUUCCACUCUGUACAGCAAGUCUUCCACGAGGCAGUGAGGAGGGCGAGGAAAGGCGGUGCCUGUGGCUGCUUGGUCCCCGCCAUCUAUGCCAGCGAGGACAAAGCACUUCUGGGUGUCCCAUCCUUUACUACACCAUGUUACAAGGAGCUGCCAGUGCCUGCCAACGCGAAGCUGAUCACAGUGAAGACAUCCAGAGCUCAGAGCAAACGGAGAGCUUCCACUCUCACCUUACUCAAAGGGUUUAAGAUAUUUUGACACAUUCUACUGCAUGUCCUGUGAUACUGUAAGAGAGUUGUAGGUCCUUAUGUAGACAGGCUUCUGAAGCAGCAAGAGCAGCUCCACCCUACAGACAUUUGGCAGGUUCAAUGAAAAAGCCUGAGCAAUCUUAACGGAGGCUUUUCUUAAUAUGUUGAUUUUAUGUUGAGGUUUUACACUGAAAAAACAGCCAUGUUGGAUUUACUUAACUCAAUAGUGGACAUUGGUUGCACACAACUGCUUUGCCUUGGCAGAAAUUUAAACAACUGAGAUAAAUCAACACAACAUAUUCAUGUUCAGUAAACCUGUGCAUUUUGUGUUGAUAAAACGCAAGCGAAACAUGUUCAGAUGGAGUAAGUUGAGCUCUUGGAAUAUUUUAAUCCUUCACAAUUUUGUCAUUUUA